UGUUUGAUCUUGGGCGCUACGGGGCCUGCACCCGAUAUAUAAUUAUCAUUGAUUAUCUAUCAUCUUGAUUCCAUCGAUACUAGCUUCCACCUACACUGCGACGAGGUUGACGUUGCGAAAUAAUAGAAGGGUUCUUGUUUCGAAUAAUCUGUAGUGCGAGAGUUUCCGCUCAGUGUUAAUGCCAGAAGCACUUAAAGAAGUCCUUGAAGAGUUUACCCGCUAUGUCAACAAUGACAUCCCAAUACGCCUUAUUUCCCUGCCGGAAAAGAAGCUCGUUGGCAGAUCAGCCGUUGAGCAGUAUUUCCGACCACUCAUGGACGAGAUCACAGCAGAUAUGAUCGACGAGGAGAGGGUCAAAGUGCGGAUCGACCAGGAUUUCACGUAUCCUGUCCAUUCUGAUAGGCGAUCUGCCGUCCGGGCUUUGGUGCAGGAAAGGGUGCAAUAUGGCAUUCUUUCUCAUCGCUGGCUGAGGGAAGGAGAGCCGAGCUGCAAGGAACUCAUCAAACAACGAAAUCUAUCUGGUCCGGGAUACGAGAAACUUCAGCGCUUUUGCGAAGUAGCUAUAAGCCACGGGAUGAAGUUCGCAUGGUCGGACACGUGCUGCAUCGAUAAGAGCAGCAGUGCUGAGCUGGACGAAUCUAUUCGCUCCAUGUUCAGAUGGUAUAGAAACUCCGCGAUAUGUAUCGUUCUUCUCGCACAGUCAACAUCCACAGGAGAUAUGACGGACGACGAAUGGUUCACACGGGGUUGGACGCUGCAGGAAUUAAUUGCUCCGAAGAAGAUAAAGUUCUACGACAACAACUGGGAACCUCUCACAAGGCAGGACAAUGAUAAGAAUGAAGAUGACGAUGAACAUAUAUUAUCUGCGAUCAGCAAGGAUACAGGCAUCACCACUCGAAACCUUCUUCGUUUUGUGGAUCCAGGACCGUUCUACAUCAGGGAGCGCAUGGGGUGGGCGGCCAAGAGGACGACAACAAGGGAUGAGGACGUUGCGUAUUCAAUGACUGGCAUCUUCGAUGUCGGAUUGCAGAUUGCAUAUGGAGAGGGAGGAGAUCGUGCAUUUAUCCGACUCAUCGAAGCUCUCAUGCAAGUUACCAGCGACACAGACAUCUUGCACUGGAAAGGGCAAGCCGCAUUACUUCCGCACACCCGCGCCCUUCCUCCAUCCCCAGCAGCAUACAUGGUCCGGUCAAUAGGUGGCAGUCACCCAAAAGACCGUUUCGCCAUGACGAGUGCAGGCCUCCGAAUCAAGCUUGCAAUCUUCCCUUCUCCGUUGAUAUCUGUUGAUCAAGAGAUGGGGAUAGCAACUCUUGCCUGUGAUGUCGCCGGGAAGCAUGAAAUCACGUUGAAAGUCGAGGUCCUGGAAAGACAGUUACUGAACAUGGAUCCUGAUGACGGAUGCAAGUGGUUCAUAGGCGUGUUCAAUUACAUUGACUCUCGUGCGGGACCAGAGAUCGCGGGUGUAUCGGGAUGCUACUUGUUGAUGACGACGUCGUGGUCUAGUACGGAUUGGAUAAAGGUAUCGACGAAGGAUGCCAUUACCUUCGAUAUGAAAGGGACGGUAGUAUUUGAAGAGAAAUACUUGCGGACUGUGUAUCUAUAAUUAGCCUAGUAUUGCUGCCAUGCAAAUAUGUUCGAACGGGGACGCACUUGCUUGAGGGGACGGGGCGGCUUGGAGCGACGGAGACGCUCAGGCUGCCCGCUUUGCCUGUAGAUAGCUGAUUAUCCCGCACCUCAUCGUACCUUUAUGCCUGUCUGACGAGUAUUAUACUGUAGGAAUCGAUUCAAUUCGACCGUC